AUGACCAUAAUAAAUUUGUUGUCUGAAAAUCAUGCUGGUAUUGAAGAGAUCAUUAAUACUGCCACUCUAACUAUCAAUGGAUUGGAAGAUGUUAAUGUCGAGGCUUUUAGUAACGCGCUUAAUGUUAAUUUUGAUUAUGUUUGCUGGAUUAGGACGCCCAAAGAAGAAUAUUGGCUAAUAAUUCUUGAUGACAGCCAUUUAAAAUUUAUUUUCUCAACAUAUUACGUAAACUGCGAACGUAUUUUUGUUGUAUUUCGUUCUAAAGGACAACCUUCACCAAAUACAAACUUUUCUGAUACAACCUUUUUAAAUGAAAAUGUCAAUGUUACAUCAAAUCAGAAGUUAUCACUAUCGACAGCUUCAGUAGAUAACGAGAUAGAGCCUUUCACUCAAACCCCACUGAAAGAAUUGGACACGUCGGAAAUUAUGAUCAUUGAAAAUAUAGCAGUCAGCUGGUCUUCUUUUUCGGAUUUUAUCACAUCAAAGCUCGGUGAGGGUGUAAGCUUGUUCAACAUUACUUUGUCAGCAGAAAUAAGGAAUGGAGAAAUUGUAAUGAUUCAGCUCACUCGCCCAACCUGGACCCGUUAUAUUUUGCGUAAACAUGAAGGUGCAGAUACUUUGCUUGAACUGUUUGUUUCCACAUGUGAAAACAAAAUGAACUACGAAAUCGAGCUGAAGAAAUUGAAUAAAGAGAACAGUUCUUUAUUUUACAAAAUCCAAAUCUUUGUGAAUGAUCUUUUAACUUUUGGCAGUUCUGAAAAUGCUAGAUCUCGCCUAAAGGAGGACCCUACUGCUAAACUCUUUCUCUCGAGUGUGUAUUUUAAUGAAGAAGAAAUCGAAUAUCUUCUUAAUUUUCCAACUACUUCGGGGCUUCCUCUUUCUAGGUUUUUUGAUGUGGCACUGGCAGAUAAAAUUGUUUCUCACAAAUUAUGUUCAUCACAUGAUUUAGCACCUCUUAUACAACAAGUAUUUAAUGUACGAAAGGAUUUUCAAAAAGACAAAGGGUUCAAAAAUACCUUAAAAUUUUUUGAAAAGAACUGGAAAAAAAGGCGUGAUUCACGAUAUGAGAUGAAAAGCAACAUUAUGAAAUAA